GUUAUUCUUCUUGAUUCCUCUUUGAACAACUUUUAUAACGCGUCUGCCGACGUGUCGUUUCCCUAUUCCACGAGCACGAAGAAAUAAUCUCAACCCGAUGCAGAUGCAUAUUUCCCACCAAGCAUACUCCUCAGUCAAGAAGCAAGGGCAGAAAGAGUGGCAGUAGUAGUGGUGGCUAUUGACAUCAGCUGCCUGAUCAUUUAAACGCCAACUUCUGACGGCAUCGGUGGUGUUUUUGGAUACAAGAGAAAAUAAAAAUUCAAAUCAGUGAACACCUUUCUACUUUGUGAUUAAAGUGGAAACCACAAUAUGAAGCUUUAUUUAGGAUUGUGUUUAGUGGCACUUGUAGCCGGCAUUGCAAAGGCUGACGAAAGCAAGGGACCUAAAGUGACCGACAAGGUUUAUUUUGACAUAACUAUUGGUGGUGAGCCAGCUGGACGUAUUGAGAUCGGUCUCUUUGGCAAAACAGUUGAAAAGACAGCGCGUAAUUUCAAAGAACUAGCAGAGAAACCAGAAGGCGAAGGGUACAAGGGCAGCAAAUUCCACCGUGUCAUCAAAGAUUUUAUGAUUCAGGGUGGCGAUUUCACCAAAGGUGAUGGCACUGGCGGGCGUUCCAUCUAUGGUGAACGUUUUGCAGACGAAAACUUCAAGCUGAAGCAUUAUGGUGCUGGUUGGUUGAGCAUGGCCAACGCUGGCAAAGAUACCAAUGGUUCACAGUUCUUCAUUACCACCAAGCCAACUUCUUGGUUAGAUGGACGGCAUGUUGUGUUUGGCAAAGUUUUGUCCGGCAUGAAUGUUGUGCGCAAAAUUGAGAGCAGCGAAACAGAUGGUCGUGAUCGGCCAGUUAAGGAUGUUGUAAUUGCCAGUUGCGGUUCGAUUCCAGUAGAUGAGCCAUUUUCUGUGUCGAAAACUGAUGCAACAGAUUAAGAGAUUUUCACAAACUGUGCAGGGGUACAAGCUUGCUUAAGGGCAAGCACAUGUAAAUGAGGGAAGAGCUGAGACCCGUAAAAGUAGUUGGUGAAAUAAAAAUGUUAACAUUUGCAUAUUGCGAAAAUUGAAAAUAUAUACAAUUACAGAGAUUAAAAGCAAUUUUAUUAGUGUUAUCACAAAUGAAAAAAAAGUUGAAAAGUUUAAAUGUUUAUAGAAUACAAUAAAACUCACAAUUUCCAAAUUUCUAUGCACUACUUCAUGUAUAUGCCAAAAAAAAAACUUCGCAAUAGCUUGUGAUUCCUUAUUUCAUUAAAAAAUGAAACAUUGCAUUUAAUACAUUGUACUAACAUUUGAUAAUUCAUCAACAUAAUUAAAUUUAAAAAAAUACAUAUACAAUAUAA